AGAGCUUGUACCUCCCAUGUUCCCGAGAGGAGAGUUGUAAACAGAAGGAGCCAGAGGGGACACCCCCCCCAGCCAGAGGGGGACCCCCUGUUCCUGACUCAGCCCUGCUCCAGGGGACAGACCCUCUGCGCCUCCAUGAGCCAGCACUGACCAGGGGAGGCACCCCCAGCCAGCCAGAGCAGGCUCCCGCUUCUCCCCCUUGCAGGGCUCCGCCGGCCGCCAGGAUGUGGCCCGAGCGUGCCUUCCCCAGCCCCGUCGUGGCCCUACUGCUCCGCACCUGCCUGCUGCUGCCCCCGGCAGACGCCUACAUCCACGCGGUGAGGGAUCACAAUGCCAGCAUGGACUUCUCAGACCUGCCCGCCCACUUCGGGGCCCUGCUGCCCAGGGAAGGACUCGUGGGCUAUCUGGUGGAGGCCAAGCCCAGCAACGCCUGUCAGCCCAUCGAGGGGCCCCCGGACUCCAGCAACGCCACCCGGUUCAUCGCCCUCAUUCGCAGAUAUGAAUGCAACUUCGACAUCAAGGUGUUGCACGCACAGCAGGCCGGGUUCGACGCCGCCGUGGUGCAUAACACGGGCUCCGACAAACUGCUCAACAUGGCCUGGAAUGAUGAGAGGAUUCGGGAGCAAAUUGCUAUCCCGUCGGUCUUCGUGGGGGAGACAGCCUCCGACUACCUGCGCUCCAAGUUCAGCUAUGAGAAGGGCGCACACAUUAUCCUGAUCCCUGAGUACAUUUUCCCGCUGGGCUAUUACCUCAUCCCCUUCACCGGCGUGGUCGGCAUCAUCAUUGCUGUGAUGUGCACCAUCCUGAUCGUUCGCUGUGUUCAGCACCGGAAGAGGCUGCGGCGUCACCGGCUCUCGAAGGACCAGCUGAGGAAAAUCCCCGCCCACAAGUAUCAGAAAGGGGACGAGUAUGACGUCUGCGCCAUCUGUCUGGAUGAGUACGAGGAGGGAGACCGGCUGCGGAUCCUGCCCUGUGCCCAUGCCUAUCACUGCCGGUGCGUGGACCCCUGGCUGACGCAGACCAAGAAGACCUGCCCGGUGUGCAAGCAGCGAGUGCUGCGGACGGCCGAGGACUCAGACUCGGAGGGCGAGGGCCACCAGCGGGGCGAGGAGGAGGAGCCCCACUCGGAGCGAACCCCACUGCUGGGCCCCUCCUCCGCCGCCAGCACCCCCUCCUUCGGCAGCAUGGCCGAGGCGCAGGGCCCGCCCUCCGGCCAGGAAGGCUCUGAGGAGGGGCCCCUGGCCACCCCCCAGGGGCAGCGCCCUGAGGGCCUGGGGGACAGCAUCCUUGUCUGACCCCCUGGAUGGACUCCCCAGGGGGCCUCUACCCCCAAUCUUUCUUUGUAUUUUAAACUGUGCACAAAACAGGGGCCCCCGCCAGGGAUCCAGGCUUGGACCCCCUUCCUGUGGGACCGGGGUGACCCCCAGCUUCCCUUCGGACCUGCAGCCCCGCCCCGGGGGAUCCAUUACGUGCCAAGGCUGUGGGACACGGGGUGUCAGGGCUUUGCAGGACGGAGGGGGGGCUUUGCACAGCUCGGGGUAUGAGGGGCAUGGGGGGAGAUGGAUUCUCUCCCCUGUCCCAGAGGGGAGUGGGGGCUGGUGGGUUAGAGCAGGUGCAGUGGGGGUGGGAGCGGAAGCCAGGACUCCUGGGUUCUCAGCGGGGGCGGGGAGGGGGAAGCACACAGCCCUGAAGAAACCAGCCACCCUUCCCCCCUCCGGGGCUCAGCAGCCGGCUGGGUGUAAACACUGUGGCCGGGUGACAUUCCUGCCUGCGCCUGGGCCCUGCUCCUGGCCUCCCCCUGGGGGCACCCGCCCCACUUCGCACCAGCUGUUGGGAUUAGGGAGAGGGGGCUUUGGCCAGCCGCCACUGCCCCCUUGCCCCAGUUCAUGGUCCCGCAGCAGGACGCAGGGGCAGGCCCACUCUUUCUAGGGCGGAGAGCAGGGAGGAGGGGGGCUAGAGACCCCGCUGGCCCCCCACGGCUGGCCCCCACUCCAGGCUAGAAGAAUGUGGCUGUACCCUGGGAGCAGUGGGAAGCUUUGGCUACCAUAUGCCGGGGGGGGGGGCCACCUAUAAUUCCAUGGGGUAUAGCCCAUCUGUCUGGCUCAGCCCGAGUCUGUCCUGUUGAAGCCCCCAGGCAGGGUGGACUAAAGCCAGACCUGUCCUUGCCCCCAGUGGCUACCCCCCCUUCCGCCCAUUAGGAGGCUAGCAGGGGGCAGGGACUGCUUUCCUUUAGCGUCAUGGGCCCCCCUCCUGCAGGGCUCCCCUGUCUCUGCCACACCCCCCUUUAACCUGAGAGCCAUUUCAGCCCUUCCUUCUUAGCCCCAGGGGCCAGCCCGACCCCAGCUCCUGCUUUUGAUUUGCAGGUGUGACUUAACUAGGGGUGCAGCAUGGUUCCCCCCCACCUUCACUCCUCAGAGUCCUGGACCAAAAUGGGGGGGGUGCCUGUUUGUGCUUUUAGCCCCCCAGGGGGUCUUAUGGGCCAUUAACACCUUGUCUGUCUGUCCCUGCCCCGGCCCCUGGGGCCUGUUCCCUUCACACUAUGACCCAUAACCCCCAGGGGGGCUUACUGGAGCUCAUUCCUUGGCUGCUUUUUUUAACCAAUUGUGGGGUGGGUCACGCCAGGCACCCCGGCCAUGCACCCAGGGCACGCCUGGCAGGUCAGGGCACCUCUUCGAAUAAAAGAUACUUGCCCUGUAUUGACUGGUGACUCUUUGGGGUCACGUGCACUGGGCAGGGCUGGGUGCAAGGGGGAGACACGCUGCACACACCAUCGCCCCCCCUCCCCCCAGCACACUGUAUGGAGCCCCCUUUCGUCCCGCAGUGCCGGAGUCCAGAGGGGCUGCGACUGGGGGGGGGCACGGUUUCGGAGCCAGCCCCAGCGGAUGAGGGCGGGGCGGGGAGAAGGACUCAACUGGAUGUGGGUCAGGCACACGCUCCUGGGUGGCUCGCUCACGGGCAGCGGGCACAGGGCAGGGUGUUUAAGACGACUUCAUUGGCAGCAACGAGGUUCUUCGGUCCAGGAAGGUCUGGAGCCGCUCAGCUGGGGGCUCCCCCCCAGGCCAGGCCCAGCCCAGCCCCCCUGCCAACCUUCCACAACUGGGGCUGCGCAGACCCCCCUGCCUCAAGCACCGUAGACAGCUGGGAGGGGGAAACCGGCCCCGGGCCUUCCCCUCUGUGUGCAAGGACCAGGAAUAGAACCCAGGCAUCCUGACCCUCCCCUCCCUCCACAGCCCAGCGCCCAACCCCUAGGCCACAGCCAGGGGAAGACCUGGCUGCAGGGAUGGGCAGGAAGCCAGCCCUGGGUGCCCCACUGCAAUGGGGCAGAGCCUGGGGCCCAGACCGCCCCACCUCAAUGGACAGCAGCAGAGGUGGGAGUCGCCCCCCUCCCCCCACAAGGCAGGAUCCCUGGCCCCUCCCAAUCAGCUGUUCACACCCCUCCCUGCACCAUGACUCAGGCUGGGUGCAGGACUGUGCACCUCUCUCCUGCCAGCUGGGGGGGGUGGAGCAUGGGGGGAGGGGCAAGAAUCCAAGGGCAGGAAUCUCCCAGGCUGCACCCCCUCCCCCAGCUGAACUCUGACUCCGCAAGCCCUUCCCUAGCCAGGGAGAGAACCCAGGAGUCCUGGCACCCAGCCCCCCCUGCUCUAACCCACCAGCCCCCACUGCCCUCCCAGAGCCAGGGAGAGAACCCAGGAGUCCUGGCACCCAGCCCCCCCUGCUCUGACCCACCAGCCCCCACUGCCCUCCCAGAGCCAGGGAGAGAACCCAGGAGUCCUGGCACCCAGCCCCCCCUGCUCUGACCCACCAGCCCCCACUGCCCUCCCAGAGCCAGGGAGAGAACCCAGGAGUCCUAGCACCCAGCCCCCCCCCCCCCCCCCCACUCUAACCCACCAGCCCCUACUCCCCUUCCCAAGCUGGGGGGAGAACCCAGGAGUCCUGGCUCCCAGCGCCCCCUGCUCUCACCCACCAGCCCCCACUCCCCUCCCAGAGCCGGGGAGAGAACCCAGGAGUCCUGAGUGCCCCCAGAGCAGACACUAGACACAGAUACACCUUGAGAAUUAUUCAAAUUUCCUUUUUAUUUCUUGUUCCAAUAUAGUUUUCCCCCCCUCUUAAACCCCCCCUUCCCCCACAAAAAAAACCUACAACUGGCUUUUUUUGUUUUUUUUUUUUUAAACAA